GUUCAGGAGGGCGAUUCCAUCCUGCUAAGCUGUCACGUUAAUGUCGAGCUCCGAGAGCCACCUACUAACGAAACCAAGUAGUUGAAUUAUUGUGAGUCCACACACUUCUAACGCUCGCCCCAGUCCCACUCUGCAGUCUGUGGUAAGACAUGGCAGCCCAGUGUGUCACCAAGGUGGAGCUGACGAUGUCCUGUGAGAAUCUCAUGGACACGGACAUCGGCUCCAAGUCAGACCCUCUGUGUGUGCUUCUGAUGGGCAGCUCUGAUUCCCAGUGGUAUGAGGUGGAGCGCACGGAGAAAGUCCAGAACUGCCUCUGCCCUAAGUUUUCGAAAAAAUUUGUCAUCGACUAUUACUUUGAAAUAGUGCAGAAACUGAAGUUCGGGAUUUAUGACAUCGACAACAAAACCGUUGAUCUGAGUGACGAUGACUUCCUGGGGCAACUGGAGUGCACCUUGGGCCAGGUUGUGUCCAGUAAAAAACUGACCCGACCGCUUGUCUUGAAGAACAAGUCCCCCGCAGGCAAAGGGACCAUCACGAUCAGUGCAGAAGAAAUAAAAGAUAACAGGGUGGCGAAUUUUGAAGUUGAAGCAAGGAAACUAGACAACAAGGAUUUCUUUGGGAAGUCCGACCCGUACCUGGAGUUCUACAAGCAGACAGCAACUGGAUGGCAACUCGCUCACAGGACCGAGGUGGUGAACAACAACUUGAAUCCAACAUGGAAACCCUUUCGAAUCCCCCUGCAGUCGCUCUGCGGCGGAGACCUGGAGAAACCUAUAAAAGUUGAGUGUUAUGACUAUGACAACGAUGGCUCACAUGACCUUAUUGGAAGCUUUGAGACCACAAUGACACGCUUUCAGCAAGCAUCACGAACGUCUCCGGCAGAGUUUGAAUGUGUCAACAGUAAAAAGAAACAGAAGAAGAAAGGCUACAAGAACUCUGGUGUGGUGGGUGUGAAGGUUUGCCAGGUGGUGAAGGAGUACACCUUCCUGGAUUAUAUCAUGGGAGGCUGUCAAAUCAACUUCACUGUGGCUAUUGACUUCACAGGCUCCAACGGGGAUCCCAAGUCUCCUCAGUCUCUGCACUACAUUAGUCCUAAGGGUGUAAACGAGUACCUCUCUGCUACCUGGUCUGUGGGCAACGUCAUCCAGGACUAUGACAGCGACAAGAUGUUUCCUGCCUUCGGCUUUGGGGCACAGAUCCCUCCCACGUGGCAGGUUUCCCAUGAGUUCCCUCUCAACUUCAACCCAGCAAAUCCAUUCUGUGCCGGCAUUGAAGGUGUGGUGGAGGCCUACAGGGUGUGUCUGCCUCAGGUCAAACUCUACGGUCCCACCAACUUCUCCCCGAUCAUCAACCAUGUCGCCUGCUUUGCUAAGCAAGCCCUUCAGCAGACCACUGCAUCGCAAUACUUUGUUCUGCUGAUCAUCACUGACGGAGUGAUCACAGACAUGGAUGAGACGCGCAGCGCCAUCGUCAACGCCUCCCGCCUGCCCAUGUCCAUCAUCAUCAUUGGCGUCGGGGGGGCCGACUUCAGUGCCAUGGAGUUCCUGGACGGGGACGAUGGAUGCCUGCGCUCUCAGAUCGGAGAGGCGGCCAUUCGAGACAUCGUCCAGUUUGUGCCGUACCGGCAGUUCCAAAACGCUCCUCGAGAAGCACUGGCCAAGAGUGUGUUGGCAGAAGUACCAGGUCAGCUGGUAGACUUUUUCAAGACCAUGAAGCUGAGUCCACCCAAAGCCACUGCUAAUGCACCAGACCCUGCAGGUCCCAUCUGAUAACAGCAGGAAGAAACCAGGUCCAGACCCACCUCGUCUCCUGCAGAUGGAAAGCAGAUCCCAGCUUCGCCUCCUCACACAGCUAGACAAACGUCCUUCCUCCGCUCGCCUUCCUCAAACCUUUCUUUUCACCCACAUUGAGGAUAUACUAGUAUCCAGCUUUGUCAAAAACGCACGAAACGUCGAACAUAAGAACUCCAACUCUUGUCCAACCCGUGUAUUUUCAAGUAUCAUAACAGACCUUUAGUUCGAUAUUAACAUUCACGUGUGUUCAUUGUAGCUGUUAGUCAGUGCUACUGCAUCUUAGAAAUAGAAAACAAACAAUCAUUCCGAAUAUUUUGUUGGUGAAAAUAUAAGUGGAUGGGCAGGGAAUUGCACUUUCUAAAACGUUUUUUUUAGAAUUGUUUUUUUUAAAGAAUAUUUAACCUUCAUGUGGGAUUCAGGUAAAACCAGGAAAAUAAUGUCAACAUAAUCUGUUUCAAAUCAAACAUGAGCUACGAUUAUUAGUAAGCCGUUUUCAAAACACAACUCUCACAAUACUAAAAUAAGGACUCAAGUAUCAUAUUCAUAAUUCACCUUGAGUCAGCUCACUUGCCAGUUUUCCGGGCCGAGAGACCCGUAGCUACGUCCUAUUGACCCAUAGCUACAUCCUAUUGACCCGUAGCUACGUCCUAGCAGAAAAUGCAAGAGGAUUCAACAGAUUCCAAACACAUUUUUAAAAUCCCUCUCCACCAACCAUCACCGAGAUCCAAGCAAAAGAACACAGCAACACAAAUCGCUUCAUGGUCCGUAAAUCUUGCUUAUCUUUUGAAGAUUAGAUUAAGAAGAAGCUUCUUUUAUUUUUAAAGAUGAACCUGUAACUUUUUUAAAUAGUUUUGUGUGCGAUCUUCAUUUAAUCUUAACCAGUAACACAGAGGCUGAUAUUUACACAUCUAAAGUGUUUAUUUUUUAUUAUAACACCAACGUUAUUCAAAUAUACCUUGUGGUAGAGGAGAUACUCUUUAAUUUGGGUAUGUUAUUUCGAGAAGAGGCCUAAAAAAAGAAGUAUGCAUUCAUUGUUUUCACUGAAACGGAAAGCCGAUGGACAAACGGUUCUCGUUGCAGAAACGCUGCACUGGGUAUAAACUCAUCUGCUGCAGGCUUUUUAAUGCAGUGUGCAGGUUCAAGUUACAAUAGUUAGAUCUUUUAAUUAUGGGAAACUGGCUUGACAAAGUACAUCUCAUAGGUUGGUGGAGUACCUCUAUAUACAAUGUUUACACAGCUGAAAUAGCUGCAGCACUGCUUGUAGAAUAGUAAUGUACAUGUAGACAUUAACAAAGUAGCUUUACUAAUGGAUGCACUCUAAGCGUUUACUCAUUACUCAAUGAAAUGCCAAACUAGGUUAUAAACCUGUGUACUCCGAGAGCUGUUCCUACAAUAAGUAUGACAUAUUGUGAUAACUAGAAAGUGGUCUCAUUGUUGAUUUGGUUGUAUUGUGCCAGUCUCGUGACUUUUAUGUGCCAGUUACUUUUAGUUAAUCUUCCGGUGGGUAGUUCCUGGAAAAGGACAACUUCCAUAUAUAUAUGUAUGACAUUGUAUAUCAGUAUUACACACGCUGUCGCCAUAGAAACGAGAAAAUGCUGCUUAUUGAAAUCUAUGCACAACUUUUAUUGAUGCCCGAUGAAAAGACAUGAACCAUUCGUCUGAUGAAGCAUGUUGUGAGCUUUAAUGCUGGAAGAGAUCGGUAAUGUGCCUUUGUGUCAAUAUAAAAAAAGGCUAUCAAGUAGUGUUGUUAGAGAUGUGCCGACGCUUCGAAGCGUGUGUCGAGUAAUGGAGGGGGCGUUUCCUCGAAGCGCGUAUCGAGGCUUGCUUCAUUUAGGGGAGGAGCCAAAAAUGAUGACGUCCGAAGCCUCGCUGCCCGGCUGUACCACGUGACUGCUUCGGGAAGUAGUUCAGAUUUUGCCGGGAGGUUUGACGGCAAUAUAAACCCCUCAGGCUCCAUUCAAAAUGUGGGUUGUUGGUUGAGAGUUUGGAGAGUAGAGAGAGAGAUAGUUUGGAGAGUUAGGAGAGUGAGGAGAGAAGGAUAGGUGAUAAGAUGGAACUGUUGAGAAACUUAUUUCUGAAUAAAAAUGAAUAAAAUGUC